CAGCUCCUUCCCUCUUGAUCUCUGCCUCCUUCCAGCUGCACUCUCGCUCCUGUCUGUGCCUCUGGUUGCUCUAGCAACCAUGAGUCGCCAAUUUAGUUCUCAGUCUGCAUUUAGCUCAAGGAGCAGGCGGGCCCAUAGUGCCAGGUCCUCCUCGGGCUUUGGUGGUGGUGGGAGUCGGACUGUGGGGUCUGUGAGUCAGGCCUUGGGCAGAGGUGGCGGUGGAGGCUAUGGGAGCCAUGGAAGGGGCUUUGGCUCAAGGAGCCUCUACAAUCUGGGUGGCAGUAAAAGCAUCUCCUUUAGCAUGGUGGGGAGGAAUGCCAGUGGCUUCUGCCAGGGUCGGGGAUCAGGAGGAGGAUUUGGAGGGGGCAGAAGCUUUGGGGGUGGUGGCUUUGGAAGUGGUGGCUAUGGAGGUAGUGGCUUUGGAGGUGGUGGCUUUGGAGGUGGUGGCUUUGGAGGUGGUGGCUUUGGGGGUGGCAGAUUUGGAGGUGGUGGCUAUGGAGGAAGUGGUUUUGGGGGUGCUGGGUUUGGGGCUAGCAAUUUUGGGCUUGGGGGCUUUGGUCCUUCUUAUCCACCAGGAAGCAUCCAAGAGGUGACCAUUAACCAGAGCCUUCUAGAGCCACUUCACCUAGAGGUGGACCCUGAAAUUCAGAGGAUCAAGACCCAGGAGCGGGAGCAAAUCAAGAUUCUCAACAACAGAUUUGCCUCCUUCAUUGAUAAGGUGCGAUUCCUCGAGCAGCAGAACCAGGUGCUACAAACAAAAUGGGAGCUACUGCAGCAAGUCAACACCUCCACGCGGAGUAACAACCUGGAGCCUGUCUUGGAGAGCUAUAUUAGUGAGCUGAGGAGGCAGGUGGAUUUUCUCAAUUCAGAGCAGAUGCGCAAGAACACGGAGAUCAGGGGCAUUCAGGAUGUCGUGGAGGACUACAAGAACAAGUACGAGGAAGAAAUCAACAAGAGGACCAGCACUGAGAAUGACUUUGUGGUUCUGAAGAAGGAUGUGGAUGCUGCUUUCAUGGGCAAAGUGGAUCUGCAGUCCAAAGCAGACACUCUGAUUGGGGAGAUCAAUUUCCUGAAAUAUUUAUUUGACACAGAGCUGUCCCAGAUGCAGACCCACAUCAGUGACACCAAUGUCAUCCUAUCCAUGGACAAUAACCGCUCCCUGGACCUGGACAGCAUCAUUGAUGCAGUGCAGGCUCAGUAUGAGCUGAUUGCACAGAGGAGCAAGGAUGAGGCCGAGGCACUGUACCAGACCAAGUACCAGGAGCUCCAGAUCACAGCAGGGAAACAUGGAGAUGACCUGAAGAAUAGCAAGAUGGAGAUUGUUGAGCUCAACCGCACCAUCCAGAGGCUGCAGGCAGAGAUUGGCAAUGUCAAGAAACAGAUUGAACAGAUGCACUCAUCCAUUUCGGAUGCAGAGGAGAGAGGAGAGCGAGCUCUCCAAGAUGCCAAGCAGAAGCUGCAGGACAUGGAUGAGGCCCUGCAGCAGUCCAGGGAGGAGCUGGCCCGGCUGCUGCGUGACUACCAGGCACUGCUGGGAGCCAAGCUGUCCCUGGAUGUUGAGAUUGCCACCUACCGCAAGCUGCUGGAGGGAGAGGAGAGCAGGAUGUCAGGAGAGCUGCAGAGCCAUGUGAGCAUCUCGGUGCAGAGUAGCCAGGUAUCCAUGGGCGGUGGCUACAGUGGCGGAGGCGGAGGCUACAGCGGCGGCGGCGGCGGCGGNGGCGGCGGCGGGAGCUAUGGAGGAAGCAGUAAAAGCAACAGCAAAUACGGUGGCGGCUCCUCGCGCGUGCAGAUCAUCCAAACCUCCACCAACACCUCCCGCAAGCGAAUCGUGGAGUAGGGGCAGAGCGGCGCCUCUCAGGGCUCACACACAGGAUGCGCCCCCCUGGCUCUUCUCCUGUCGCCUCCCCCGCUCUGCCCUUCCUGACUCCCUCUCACUUAGCUUUUCCUGAUGGGUCUCAGCAGUUUUGCUAAUAAAUUCGACUCUAGGCGAGGAAGCUGGGUGGAUAAGCACAAAUAGCAGCUCUCUCUUUGGAGGGCACCGGCUUGUGGUCAAAGGCAGUUACACUCUCAUUCGGGAUCCCCUCGUCUGACCCUGCUCCUUACCUUGGGGACACUAAGGCACAUAGUUGAUGGACAGGAAAGUCGCAGAGCUUCUGCAAGGUGGAUGAUUGAGAGUAUGUCAGGUUUACCAAGCAUCUCAACCCCAGGCUUCCUUUCUUGUACCUUGGCAGCUGCAUGAUUCCACAGUCCAUCCCUCAAGUUGCUCACAAAAUGAUCCCUAUGGGCAAGUAGCAGAUUUCCAGGCUAGCUGCUUGGUAAGAGGAAACUACCAGGGGUCAAUUCCUGAUUCUUUGUAACCUCAUACUUUGAUCUUGAUGAUUGAUGUACUGACUAUCUGAGAUGCCUGUAGGUCAUGCCUGUCCUGAUUCUGAAUCUCUGUGUUGAGAAGUAUUAUCUCUCUGGUUUACAGCCCCAUGUGGGAGUUGUCAAACCCCCUGUUUUUGUCUAAAGGGAGGAUUGUUCUUAGCAGUGAAUGGAAGUAUGACCAACAGAUGGCCGAGUUCUGUUUCUAUCCUGCCCUCCAGACAGCUCCAUCUUUGGAAGAUUGCCCCUUCCUGCACUCUGCUCCAUUAUGGGUCUGCAGAGAGUUGCCCAGUGGGCUGGGCGUCUACAGCCCUGUUCUGAUCCACCCAAGGUGCCCAGGGCUUGAAGCCUGAGGACUGUGAGGAUCUGACUUGGGAGGGUUCCAGUCCUGAGCCAGUCUGGAAGCUGCCUGUUUUUGUCCCAGGCGGUUAAUGCCCUUUUCCAGACCUCACAAGUCCCUUUUCACUUCUGUUCUCUUUGAGCACUUUGUGAGACUUUGACUUCUACUUUAGGGUCUUAUAAAAGGUGCUUGAGACGUGCUGGAGGGGUCUGGCAGGGGAAAAUGUCAGCCAACAUGUGG